AUGGGCCGAUCGCCGAGCCCGCGCCGCCGCGAGGACAGGCGGGAGCGGCGCGACCGGGACAGGGAGCGCGAGAGACGGCGCCCGAGGACGCGUUCCCGCUCCAGGUCUCUAGACCGGAGGCGGCGCUCGCCCGAGCGGCGGCGCUCCCCGUCCCCGAGGAGGCGCCGCUCGCGCUCGCCGUCUCCGCUGCCGACCACCUCCUUCGCGCCCAAGCCGAAGAAGACCUUCGGCGAGCGGCCCAUCGUCACGCCUGCCGACUUGGAGGGAAAGACUCCCGAAGAGCAGGAGAUGCUCAAGGUGAUGGGCUUCUGCGGCUUCGACUCGACCAAAGGUAAGAAGGUGGAGGACAACGUCGAGGGCGAGGUGCACGUGGUGCUCAAGCGCAAGUACAGGCAGUACAUGAACAGGAAGGGCGGCUUCAACCGGCCGCUAGACUUCGUCGCC